UCUGCGGGGCCUGCCACGUCUUCUCGGGGACCAGCCGCAUCUUCGGGGGGUCCCCCGCGCUCCGGGGCCAGCUGCCCUGGCAGGUCCGCCUGCGGACGGGCCCCUACAUGGGCGGCGGGGCCCUGCUGAGCGACGGCUGGGUGCUGACGGCCGCCCACGUCGUCGAGGCCCGCUCGGCCCUGCCCCGAAUUGUAGCCGGGGUCACCAACCUUCGGGACCUGAGUCCGGGGGAGCGGCAGGAGCUGGAGGCCGAGAAAGUAGUUCUCCACCCGGAAUACCGACGGCAGGAGCUGGGACGCCCGAACUACGCCCACGACGUGGCCCUGGUCAAGCUGAAGAAGAAGGCCGAGCUGGGGCCCACGGUGGCCCCCUUGUGCCUGCCGGGGCCCGGGGAGGCCGGGGCCCCCCCGGUGGGGACCCUGGGGCUGAUCGCCGGCUGGGGCAGGACGGAGAACCUGCCGACUCGCUCCGCCGACCUCCUGUGGGCCCAGAUCCCGGUGGUGGACAUGGAGCUGUGCCGGCGGGCCGACUACGGGGGCCAGGUCCCCGUCUUCACCCAGAGCAUGUUGUGCGCCGGCCAGCCGGGCACCGACUCGUGCCAGGGCGACAGCGGCGGGGCCUACGUCUUCAGGGGCCAGGGGGGCAGGUGCGUGGCCCGCGGCAUCGUCUCCUUCGGGCCCCAGCAGUGCGGGAGUUACGGCGUCUACACCCAGCUGGGGGCCUACGCGGACUGGCUGCGGGAGGUGAUGGCGGAGGACGGGCAGUGGGCGGACGAAGAGUGAGGGUCGAGCGGGCCCGCGGGGCAGUAAUUGGAGGGGUAAUUCCACCCGAGCUCGCAUGAAAAAAAAAUAAUAAUUGAAAAAGUAACUCCAACCAAACUCGAAUAAACCGAAGUUAAA